AGUUAAUAAUAUUGUAAUGAUUCCUCUGUCACGGAUCAGUGACUCCUAAAUGGCAAAUUGUUUGCUGUCAAUUUCACGUCUAAAGUUGUACUUUCGUUAAAAAACUGAGGACUCACUACUUCUCGAGAAGAUUCUAAUUUCGCGCCGUUGUCGGGGUUUGUAUGGAUUUUCUCCGGAUUUUUAAGGUAUUUUGCCGUGGAAUGCGACGGGUUACGUCACGUUCCUGUCGGUACCACUGACAUUUCCGUCUCGUUUUAGAUCUUAAUCCUCCCUUCAAAUCUGUUCUUCUUUGGUGUACGCCAUUUUUAAACCAGACCUUCGCAGCUGUCAUCUUAUUCCGUUCCCCAUCGUCGUAAGACUCUUUUUUAGUGCUUUAUCUUGACAUAUUUUAUUAAACCUGUGCACACCGUCUAUUAAAAUAAACGAUUAAAUACUGCAAUAACUCUGUAAUUAAUACUUAAAUAACAACGAUCCUUUAACGAACAAUAUUCUUCCAAACAAUGCCUUAACACCUGCUCUCUGGAACAUUCUUCUCCUCGAGGCCACUCUUUAGCUUUAUGCCCUUAAUACAGCUCGGCCCUUUAUCUUACAGACCUGUCCUUUUGACGGACACCGAAGUUUACAACAACUCCCAUGCUGUGAUCAAAUUUCGCGCUAACAAAACAUCGCUAAGGUUCGAAAAACGCACGCAAUAAAAUGCCAGGAGUCAGACGGUCAAAGAGUGGGAGUGGUUAGAUGUGAGAGAAGUUUGUUUCUUCUUCAGCAACAACCUGCACACCUGUUUAGUUCACUUUUACAGACAUGCGGAGUGUAGCUUGUUUCCUUCUGCUGCUAGUCCUGCAGCCCUUUAGCGCCACCAAGAAACGGCGUGAGAGAACAGAGAAGUUCGUGACAGUAGAUGUGGAUGGUGCAGUGGUAACUGGCCGGAGAGUACGUACUGGAGACUCCUUUAUAGCUGGGUUCACUGGUGUACCGUACGCAGAGAGCCCCACUGGACAGCUCAGAUUCUCUCGCCCCGUCAAACGAACUUAUAGUAAAGGGGAGCAGAUAGACGCGACCAUCCUCCCUUCCUCCUGCCUACAAAACAUUUACCCUCCCUCACCGGACUACCUCAGUCCUCAGCUCUCUUUCUCAGAAGACUGUCUUUAUCUUAACGUUUUAACCAAGCAUGAUUGGAUAAACAAAGGCCUGAAAAAGCCGGUUUUGUUUUAUAUCCACGGUGGUAGUUUUAGUAAUGGAGAUGGUAUCAGUAGAGACGGAUCAGGACUGGUUGAAUAUGCUGAUAUAGUGCUGGUGUCAGUCAACUAUAGACUGCAGCUUCUUGGCUUUUUGAAUGCUUACGAUGGUAUCGUUGCUAAUCUGGGGUUGUGGGAUGUUAAAAUGGCAUUGGAGUGGGUCCAGAAUCAUAUUGAAGUAUUUAGUGGAGACAAGAACAGGGUAACAAUCAUGGGAGAAUCAGCGGGAGGAGCAAUUGUAACCUAUCUUCAUACAUCUCCUCUCACUGACGGUCUUUUCUCCUCCUCUAUUUCCAUAUCGGGCACCAUGAUCGCUCCAUGGGCCUUCACUAAAACCAGGAUGGACGAGCAACAAGGGAAGUGGGAGAUCCUAAAAAACCAGACUGGUUGUUCUAGUGCAUCAGAUAUACUCAACUGCUUGCGGAGUGCCAACGAAUCUUCAAUUCUUGGUGCAAUGUAUGCAACUAUGAUGGAGUUCCCUAUUGAUACGUGGCCCCCCAUUAUUGAUAAUCAGCUUGUUACAGAGACUCCUCUUCUUACUAUUGAAACUGCUAAUUAUACCAGCAGACCGUUACUCAGUGGAGUUUGCCAAGACGAGGGAUCUAUAAUGGCACUGGCUUUUGGGAUGACUAAAGGAGUUCCACUUUUCACUAAUACUGAUAAACUAAAUAACAAAGAACAGAUCAGAGAGUUGAGCAUUAAUCACCCUCUCAUUAAAAACUUCACAAUACCCUGCAUGAACGACAACGGAGAUGAACUGUUAGAGUUCUACACAAAUAGAACGGACACUGAUCUAAAGACUCAACUAGCUACAUUACUGGGAGAUUGGCUCCUCUUCUGCCCCCAAAUCAUUACCGCUGAUCUGUUCUCCAAGAACAGUGACUCCGUUUACCAGUAUGUCUUCGACUACAUGUCCAACAACCGUAAAGAUGAUAACAGCACGUGGAUGGGAGUUACACACGGUGAGGACCUGGCCUACUUGUUUGGAUCGCCGCUCAGUGAGAACUCUCCCUUCUAUAACCAGAAUUAUGGCAAAGUGUGGGGCACCAAGGACAGGCAGAUCAGUAAAAUCAUGAUGGAUAUGAUAGAAGGGUUUAUGAGGGGUGGAGCCCCGGUGGUUAAGAGUGCUAAGAGUGCCAGCAGAGUUUGUUGGGACGAGCUCGGGGAUAAAUCCCAGUAUCUGCUGGUGACAAAUAAGAAGGCAGCAACGAAGGAUCUUGCCCCAACAAUUGCUCACUGUCAGAAGAUGUUUGAAAUUGUACGAACACGUGCAACUCCUUGCCAGUAGAUUUGCAACAGUCCACAACUUGUUUACAUCAACUAAAGACUUCCUUUAUGGACUAGUUUAGAUUUCAUUGCUUUGGGGAGUGUUAUGUUAUUUCGUUUAGUAGCUUAUGGGAGAUAGAGGGUUUAAUUAAUAUGCUGGUAUUUUUUGCUGUCUGAGUUAAAUUCUACAAAAUUGUGAUGUUUAAAACUUUCUCUGUAUUUUAAUAGAAUGCUCGGGACCGUCUUUUGACAAUUGACAGUUUCAAAUAAAUGUCAUUAUAUCAAAAAUAGUUAUUUGCUUUAUCUUCAGUCU